AUGCGUGUCACCACCAGCAGCCACGCCGAAUUCAGACGACUCGUCACCAAUAGGCCCCUACCUCUCCUCCGCCACUACCUCUCCUCCGCCCCUACCUCUCCUCCGCCCCUACCUCUCCUCCGCCCCUACAUCUCCUCCGCCCCUACCUCUGCUCCGCCCCCACCUCUGCUCUGCCCCAACCUCUGCUCCGCCCCCACCUCUGCUCCGCCCCCACCUCUGCUCCGCCCCCACCUCUACUCCGCCCCACCUCUGCUCUGCCCCCACCUCUGCUCCGCCCCCACCUCUGCUCCGCCCCCACCUCUGCUCCGCCCCCACCUCUGCUCCGCCCCCACCUCUGCUCCGCCCCCACCUCUGCUCCGCCCCCACCUCUGCUCCGCCCCCACCUCUGCUCCGCCCCCACCUCUGCUCCACCCCCACCUCUGCUCCGCCCCCACCUCUCCUCCGCCCCCACAUCUCCUCUGCUCCCACCUCUCCUCUGCCCCCACCUCUCCUCUGCCCCCACCUCUAUUCCGCCCCCACCUCUCCUCCGCCCCCACCUCUAUUCCGCCCCCACCUCUCCUCCGCCCCCACCUCUAUUCCGCCCCCACCUCUCCUCCGCCCCCACCUCUCCUCCGCCCCCACCUCUCCUCCGCCCCCACCUCUCCUCCGCCCCCACCUCUCCUCCGCCCCCACCUCUAUUCCGCCCCCCACCUCUCCUCCGCCCCCCACCUCUCCUCCGCCCCCAACUUUCCUCCGUCCCCUACCUCUCCUCCGCCCCCUACCUCUCCUCCGCCCCCUACCUCUCCUCCGCCCCCUACCUCUCCUCCGCCCCCUACCUCUCCUCCGCCCCCUACCCCUCCUCCGCCCCCUACCUCUCCUCCGCCCCCUACCUCUCCUCUGCCCCCUACCUCUCCUCUCCUCCCCCUAUCACUCCCUGUCCCCUCACCACACCACUUGGCCAUCCUCCCUCUUUCUCCUUCCCCCUGGCAUCUUUUCCCUUCCUCCUGGCCUCUCUCCCCCUCAUAA